AUGGGGCCGGGAUGGGGACGGGGACGAACCCGAGCCCGAGCCGCUGCCGCCACAGAGGGCGAGGAAGAGGCGGCCGCGGAGCAGCGGCUCAGGAGUCUGGAGCCGGCGGAGGAGAGCUCUGGCUCCAGCGACGAGAGCGACGACGGCGGGAGCGUGGCGGGGGCUGGCGGGAAAGAUCACUCUGACAUGUCUUUUGAGGAACUCCUGCGGGUGCAGAGUGAUACCAGGACAAAAGUGAGCAGGAAGGUGCCUGGUGGGAAGAAAACUGCAAAGCCUACCAAAGCUACACUGAAGCAGCAACAAGGCAAAAAGGGGCCAUUGGAGAUGUCAGCCAAGAAGCCUGUACCUUUCCUGCGACAAGUUGUCCCUGUUAGGAAGAAGGUCCAGAGAGACCCUCGAUUUGAUGACCUGUCUGGAGAGUAUAAGCCUGAAAUAUUUAUGAAGACAUACAGCUUCCUGGACAGCAUCAAGAAGCAGGAGAAGGAGAUGGUUCAGAAACAGCUGAAGAAAUGCCGGAACAUGGAACAGAAGGAGAAACUUCAGUGGCUCCUGAACCGUAUGACACAGCAGGAACAGGCACAGAAAAAACAGCAGAAGUUGAGAGAGAGGGAGCUGUCUUUGAAAAGACAACAGAGGGAGUUGGCCAAGCAGGGAAAGAAACCCUUCUUCCUAAAGAAAUCUGAGAAACGGAAAUUGGAACUAGCUGAGAAGUAUGCAGAGCUGAAGAGGAGUGGAAAGCUGGAGAGCUUCCUGAACAAGAAGAGGAAGAGGAAUGCCAUCAAAGACAAGCGCCAUCUGCCCUCACAGAAGAACUUGUGA